GUCGGAGCUGAUGGUGAAAAAGCUGCGAUACUACGCGCGUUUCAUCGUGGUGUGUUUACUGUUGCGGCGAAUGAAGCUGGUUAGGGAGCUGAUAAUAGAGUUAGACAGACAUAUCUCCGACUAUACGAGCACAUACGAGCCGGAUGAUCAGAUCGAGUGGAGCCUGGUCCUGGACGAGAUCAAAGGAUUCAUCACGGCCGACUCUUUGGUCUCCGUUCUGCACGCAGACACCAAUCCGAUUGUCCUCUCGCACAGAUUGAGUCCUCUGACGACGCCGCCGGUGGAAAAAUCGCAGUACAUGACGCUGACGCUGCAGGAAAUCCUGAUCGUCGGAAGCUCAUCCGAACAGGUCAAAUUCUCCGAGUUGACGAUGGACAUGUUCAGGAUGAUACAGACGCUGGAAAGGGAACCGCAGGAGGAUUACAAUCACAUCUACGACGCUUCCCCUGCACCAGGUCGCGCCCCGUACGGUGUACCCGGAAGCAAAGGGUACAUUGAGAACGGGGAGAGACCGAAACGCGAAAAUCCCCACAAGUACUUGCUGUACAAACCCACCCUUAGCCAGGUGCUCGUGUUCCUCGCGAGCGGCUUCAAAGAACUCCCCACCAACGGUGCCCUUCUACUUUACCUCUCCGCGGACGGAUGUUUCUCGACUUCCAAACAUCCCGAAGACAUGGGUUACGAUCUUGGCGGCGUGCUGACCAGCGCCAAGAGGGACAGCGAACACAAGAAGUCCAAGGAAGCGCAUUGCCUUUACCCGGGUGAUCUGUACCCGUUCACCAGGAGGCCGCUCUUCGUCAUCGUCGAUUCGGAUAACAGCUUCGUGUUCCAGCACAUCCCCAGAUACUUUGGACAGCCGCUAGUCACGCUCAUGUCGCCGCAAGACACUCCUCCAGCUUUCCAUGAUCAACAGCACAACGGAUCGUUGUUCACGCUGUUCUUGCACUCGCCCUUAACUGCCUUUUGCUACUGUUGUAACCUGACGAGCAUCCCGAUCCACCAUUGGGAAAGAUGCCAGAGCUUCGUGGACCGCUUCGUGACGGAAGCGUCGCGCCUCUUCACGCGGUCCAGAGUCGGUGAGUAUGAUGAAGAGCCAUCGUAUCUGCAAUUCUUCGGCGACGACUUCCUGCGUCUGCUGCUGCUCCGCUACGUGUUCUGUGAUGUGGUGCUGCACCUGCACCGCGGCUUCAAGGGCCGCCAGUACCGUCCCAGAUGCCAGCCGCCGCUGCCCGAGGCGGAACUGCUCGAGCAUCCAUCCCUCCAGCAUCUCGUCCUCGAUCUGGCCGCCCACCUAGAGGUGCGCUCCCAUUUCCUGGACAACCACGAGAUGGACUGAUCCAGGGCCUCGUCCUCAUGGCCGCGUAUUAUCUGGGGACCGACCCAUGAGGAUGGCCUCCAUCUGCUUCUAGCCUUCGUUCUUGCUCUCGCCGACGGAAAUCUUUACACGCUACCGCCGCCGCUGCUGCUGUUGCUGCUGCCGCUCCUCCUCAGCCUCAUCUGCGGAAGAAUUCCUUCUGCAGGCGGCGGCCGCCGUUGCUGCCGCCUCCACCGCGUUCCCAAGACUCUAACGAACAGCCCUCGUUCGCCGUCGUUCAAGUUUCGUCGAGUUUAUUACUAUACUAAAAUUGCCGCUACUGUAUCGAAUCUAUCGUAUUUUUGGACGCCUUUUCUUCAGACUUCUGCCAUACCAUAUUAUAAGGUGAUAUUAACAUAGCUCAAAUUUCGAAAAGAAAAGAAAAAAAAAAGAGAUAAAUUUAAAUAUGAAAAUAAUAAAUAUAUAUAUACAUA